AUGUUGGCUUACCCUUGUGGCAAAGACAGCGCGGGCCGCACGGCGCUGCACCACGCGGCGCGCAACUUCCCGUCGGGCGGCGGCGAGGAGGCGGCGCGCUUCGAGCGCUGCCUGGCGCUGCUGCUGGCGCACCCGGACGCGGACGCCGACCGCCCCAGCUACAAGGGCUUCUCGGCGCUGCACGAGGCGGCGGCGGGCGCCCCCGGCGGCGCCGACGCCGUGCGCGCCCUGCUCGCCCGCGCGCCGCGCCCGCUCGACCUGGACGGCCGGCGCGGCGGCGGCCGCCAGCGCUGCACCGUGCGUGACACCGUCGCGCGCCGCUUCCCGGAACUACUCGGCGAGCUGGACGCGUUGCAGGCGGCGGCGGCGGAGGCGGUCGCGGACGGCAAGGAGCGCGAGCCGGACUCCCGAGGACACACCUAG